AUGUCUUCUAAGAUUGUUCAAGAUGCAGUUCAUGGUGUAAUAGAGCUGGAGUCACUAGCUGUUCAGUUGAUCGAUUCUCCUGAAUUCCAGCGUCUUCGAGAAAUAAAGCAAUUAGGUAUUGCUUAUUUUGUUUUUCCAAGUUGUCAACAUUCGCGAUUUGAACAUUCGAUUGGUACUUAUCAUAUGGCCAAAAAGCUACUUGAGACUAUUCACAAUGAUAAAAAUUACUCGGGUCCAGCUUUGAGCUCCUCAGAACAGUUAGCCAUUAGAAUCGCUGCCUUGUGCCAUGAUUUAGGUCAUGGACCUUUUUCUCAUUUAUGGGAAGAGUUCGUCAAAAGGGGCGGGUCAGAAUAUAGUGAAUAUAACCAUGAAACAAUUAGUGGGCAUGUACUUUAUCAAAUUAUUUGUUCAAAACCUACCCUACAAAGUGAAUUAAAUAAUCUUGGCGUUGAUAUGAAUCUCAUACGCAGUCUGAUACUAGGUGAUACUAGUACUGUAUUAUCACAACAGGAUUCAUUGAAGAAUAAAUCAUUUAUUUAUGAGAUUCUCUCCAAUAGUUUAAAUGGUAUGGAUGUUGACAAAUGGGAUUAUCUACUCCGAGAUUGUCUGCAUUCUGGUUUGGGAGCUAGUGGGACUAGUGUGGAUAUUGAUAGAUUUUUAAGAUUUUACCGACCAUUUCUACAUACUGAUAAAGACAAAGGCGACGAGAAUGAAUCAAAAUGUUGGCAUUUAUCAUUUAGAGAUACAGAAUUGGAAAAUUUGCUUCGAACAUUCAGUUUACGACAGCAUCUUCAUCAAAAAGUUUAUCAACAUAAAACAGUGACAGCUAUUUCUGCUAUGAUUAUUGAUGCUCUUGAAUUAAUAGAACCUGUACUUAAUCUUCGAUCCAUUAGCAUGAACGCAUUAAAAUAUCAGAAUCCAGAUAGUUUGAAUGAUUUUCUUAAACUCCAUGAUUCACUUUUGUGGGAUGUUUUUUAUGGACGAGGAUCAUUAUCAAGAGUUACUUCGGAAAAUUUUCUUCCUCGAAUUCAACAAGCACAGUCUCUAAUACGUCGUAUUUUAAAUCGAGAUCUGUAUACCUAUAUUGAUAGUGUAUAUGAAAUGACAUACUAUGCACCAAUUGGUGAAAAUAACAGUCACCCACAUUCUUUCAAUCCCAAAAAGUUCCCUGAUUUAAUCAAUGAAGUAGCAACUGAAUCAUUAACAUUACGAUCGAUGGGGUUAGGACUAGGUCCUAGAAAAAGUCUAUGCUAUGAACCAAUUCCACCUCAUUACAGGGCAUUCGGGGUGACGUCAAAUAAUAAAAGAAAACAUUCCAAAGAAUCCAUUCUUACUGAAAUAUUCAGGAGACUUCCUCAGGACUCUGGGAUCCGAGAUAUAGAUGAUCUAUUGGUAACAGAAUCUAGGUUCUCUUCAAACAGUACUCUCAAAUCUCCCAGAUUUUACUUUUAUACACGUUCAGGGAAUACUUUUACCUACAGCGAACCGUUACGUGUUAUACGAGCAUACCGUCUUUAUUGGCGCAGGACUAAUUCUCCUCUAAAAUCUUCGAUAUACUGCCCUGUUACAUGCUUAACGGAAGCAUUUAACCAAUGGCAUCAAGAGAUGAUUGAAGAUAGACAUGGUGCAGAAAGUGAUUAG